GGCACGUCACAGCCGCGUCAUCAUGUCUCCGUGUCUGGUUUUAUCACGGGGAAAUUAAAUUGUACAACAUUAUCAUUACUUAACGUUGCCUUUUUAUGUGAACUAUUACAUCUGAUAUCAUUCCGAUUAAAAUAUGGAAUUAUUAAGAACCGCAACGGCCUCGCAGGUCUUGUAUCCUGUAGCAGCUGUGGUUGUUGUGCUGAUAUGUGCAGCUCUAGUGUUCGUCUUCGGAUUCCACUCCGCUGAGCAGCCACAGUUUGAUAAACUACCGAUAAUAGUGGACGAUCGUAAAUCGGCCAACAAAAAAAGGAAAACUAAGGACAAGAAGUCUUCUCCCAACCGCACUGCGAACGAGGAAGGUAAGGCCAAGUCCGAAAGCAAGAAGUCCCCAGCCAAGGAGAAGAAAGAAGAGAAAGUGAAGGAAGCCGAGAAGCCCAAGCCAGUGGAGCCCAAGGUCGUGAAGAAGGAGACCGUUGAGCCCAAGAAGGGAAAGAAGGCCAAGAAUGUGGGUGAAGCGGAGAAACCCGCUGACUUUGAUGAGGGUCUGUGGCAGGAGGUGCCUAAAAAGAGUGAGAAGAAGAAGGAAAAGGUUGUGAGGACUCCUGAGGAAAAGAAGGAGAAAGACAGCCCAGUGAAGAAGACCCUGAAAGGCAAGAAGGAAGGAAGAAAGGAAGUAGAGGUGGAGGAAGCCCGGCCCGCUCCCGUGGAGGAGAAAGUGAAGAUCAUCAGUGUGUCUGGCCCCGUUGUGGACGAGGAGGCUGACCGAGCCCUGCAGGCACAGAUUGAGGAAGUGCAACGUAUCUUGAAGGAGGCAGAGCGUCGUGAGCAGGCAGUGCUCAGUGGGCUGAAUGCCGCGGAGGAUGAGGAGGCUGCCGUGGAGGAGCUCACCGACGUGAAGGAUCUGCGCAGCAACAAGAAGAAGGAAAACAAGGAGAAACAGAAGAAGAAGGAGACUGUCGGCGCCAAGACUGCCCCCAAACCUGAACCCUCUCCGGAGAAGGACAACUCUGACUCUUCCGAGAAGCAGGAAGAAGCAACUAACGCGCCCGUAUUCGAUGAACUAGGAGACUCGUGGACAGACGCCAAGGCCCCUAAGAAGAGCAAGAAAAAGGUGCGCAAAGACCAGUGAGUGUAUGAUGAGGGCGCCACUAGUCGCUAGCUCAAUGUGCUACUGCAACGGACGCUCGCGACCGCCCCCGCUACUCUGUGCCUUCUAAAAACAACGCCACAGACACAGAGCCGACACAAGGGGUUGUAUUUUCAAUUAUUUCUUCAAAUUCAACACUCUUAUAAAUCUACAGUUGCUUAAACGGAGAGUGGUAGUUUACAGGGUGUGAUAAUUAUUUAUAUUAAGUUUUAUUAUUGUAACUGUUCAAACACAUUCAGUCAAGUUUCGUCCAUGUUUUUAGUUGCAUAUUUUAUUUUAAAUUUAGCUCAUGUUGACUUGUUUUUUUUCAUAAUAAUUUAAUGAUUGUUUUCAAUUAAGCAUAAUAUUUGUUUUCAUUUUGUAGGAGUGAUUAUAAUCGUGUGUAAGUAUCGGGAGAUUAGCGACGUUUGGGAAUCUGCAAUAUGCUUAACGGAUUUAUCUGUUUGUGUAGGCGAGGAGCAAUAUAUUUCUAACUAAUGUAGUCAAAGUUUCAUAUUUGUGGUCCUCAUUUGAGACUGAAAUAGGUAAUGAAAAACAUAAGUCUCAUAAUUUCCCAAAGUUAAAUGGUGCUUUUAGUCAAGCGGGAAGACCCUUUCAUUCCAUAUCUCUUUAUGUUGUAGUCUAAUUAUUAUCUCAAUCUCAAUGUACUAACUAUUUAUUAUGUCGGAGUUACUCAGUCGCCACGAAUAAAAUAUGGUGAGACGUGAAAUUGGACCAAUAAAUGUUUCUUAAAUUAGUUGCAUCCUGCAGAUCAUAAUAUGUUGGCAUUGCCGAUGUAGCAGUUUUCGGUCCCACUAUUUCUGCAAAACUCCUUAAUCUUUUAGCGUGCGUAGGUAAAUUAUCGAAACUAUAAAAUACCUUCUUAACUUCUACGGUUCGAUAACACUAACCUAUUUAUUUACUACUUUUAUUGCAGAUUCCUUUUAAUAACCUAGAGUUAAGUAUAAUUUAGAGGAUCCUGUUAUUGAUCAUACAUGAUUAUCACUUGUAAAGAUAAAAAUUGGUAGUGUUGCAACUGGACUUCGAUUAGCUUAAUUACUUGUAAUACUACCUACUUUAUCGAUUUAUAUUAUGAUAAUGGAGAAUCAUAGUAGGAUAUUCUACUAAAAAGUUAAGUUACAUACAUUGUGACUAAUAAUAAAAACAUUAUUCUAAAUUAUAAUAUAGUAAUGUACUCAUAAAUAGAUAGAUCUUACCAUCAAGUGCUUACCCGUGUAAAUAUUUUAUUCAUAUUUUACUGAUAUAAUUGACUAUCAACUAUCUAGAAACAUUGAAAAUAGAAAUAUUUUUUCUAAAAAAAUAUUAAAAUUAUUAGAUUUUCGCAUAAUAUGUAAUAUUUAUUGUGAUUGCCAAUAUCAGAGUGUACCUGGUGUAUGAAACGCCGCCAAUACUAGAAGAAUUCCCUGAGUGCAUCUAUUUUGCUCCAUAAUUAUAAGUUAGGUGUAUUUUGUUUCAAUGAAUGACAAUAAUUUUCCUAAACUUCUGUUUGAAAUUGCUGCCAGCAUCCAACCAGCAUCUGAAAUCUUUACUUGUAAACUUGUAACAUCUUAUUUUCUACUGUUUUGUGUCAUUCAACCAAACAGUUCAAAAGACUAAACUCUUGACUGACUAAUGUCGGCUGUAAUUUCGAAAUCUAUUCAAGUUCUACUUCGAACUAUUUUGUUACGUUUGUAUUCUAAGUUUACAGGAAUAGUAAUAGCUUUUUUACUUUCCCUUAGUUUUUGUUGCUCUAAAUGUAUUUAAGAAAUAUUUUAUUAUUACUACACUUUAGGGCCUACCCCAGUGGAGACCCUUUUUUCAGACUUGUAAUUUCUUUAUCAAUGAUGGGUUGGAUACGAUUACGUUCUACAAUACAUUAGAUGUAAUGUAAUUUCGCUUCAUACUGAUAUGAUAGUGUAGUAGUAAUCCGGUUGUCGGUGUGUGCGACACACACACACACACACACACAUAUGUGGACACAGAUGUUAUUGUUGUAUAGGCUCUAUGAAUGAAUGUGUAAUAUAUUUUUUUAAACCAAUAAAGGGUGAUAUUGA